CGUGGACAGAGAAGAGUAUCACGGGGUAGGAUAUAAUUUGCCAAACCUGUGUAGCGGUGGCAAACCGGAAUUGCCAAUCGGAAAUAGAAGAAGCGAGGGUAGGGUUUGUGGGGUUGAGAUAGAAGACGAUAUGGGGGCGAGCAGCGAUCAUCUUCCUGUUCAGGACGGGUCGGACGAACAGCAGAGGCGUGCGGAGAUAUACACAUACGAGGCACCAUGGCACAUCUAUGCAAUGAAUUGGAGCGUGCGGAAGGAUAAGAACUACCGACUCGCCAUUGCCAGCCUGCUGGAACAGUACCCCAACCGCGUCGAGAUUGUACAGCUGGACGACUCCAACGGAGAGAUCCGCUCCGAUCCUAACCUCUCCUUCGAGCACCCCUACCCUCCCACUAAAGCCAUUUUCAUCCCCGACAAGGAAUGCCAGAAGCCUGACCUCCUCGCCACCUCCAGCGACUACCUACGGAUCUGGCGUGUCGCCGAAGACGGCUCGCGCGUUGAGAGCAAAAGCGUCCUCAAUAACAAUCGCAACAGCGAGUUUUCCGGUCCAUUGACCUCCUUCGACUGGAACGAGGCGGAGCCUAAGCGGAUAGGCACUUCCAGCAUCGACACCACCUGCACCAUAUGGGACAUCGAUAGGGAGACAGUAGACACCCAACUCAUCGCGCACGACAAGGAGGUGUACGACAUCGCCUGGGGAGGGGUCGGCGUGUUCGCAUCUGUCUCCGCCGACGGCUCCGUUAGAGUGUUUGACCUCCGCGACAAGGAGCACUCCACCAUCAUAUACGAGAGCUCCGAGCCGGACACACCUCUCGUCCGCCUGGGUUGGAACAAACAGGACCCCAGGUACAUGGCCACCAUCAUCAUGGACAGCUCCAAGGUCGUGGUGCUUGACAUCAGAUUCCCAACGCUGCCAGUGGUGGAGCUGCAGAGGCACCAGGCUGGCGUGAAUGCCAUUGCGUGGGCGCCGCACAGCUCAUGCCACAUCUGCACAGCUGGCGAUGACUCCCAGGCACUCAUCUGGGACCUGUCCUCCAUGGGUCCGCCAAUUGCAGAGGGGGGGUUGGAUCCAAUCCUGGCUUAUACCGCUGGUGCUGAGAUUGAACAGCUUCAGUGGUCUUCAUCCCAGCCUGAUUGGGUUGCUAUUGCCUUCUCUAACAAGCUUCAGAUUCUAAGAGUGUGAGUGACGUAAACGUCAAUUCAAACUGAUCAUCUGAUGAUGGUGCUGAUCAUCUGUCUUCUUAGGCACAAAUUUAUGUUGGCCUCAAGUCAUUGCAUUGCAUCGUGCUUUGUUUUAAUCUGACUAGAGAGGAGGAAAUGCUGCACUUUAUUUGCAUUGCAUUUUUCUUUGAUUUAAUCAGACUAGAGAGAAAGGAAUUAUGUACUUUGUCUGCCUGUCUGCCUAGUUGUUGUGGUUAUUAUCUGGCUGAGAACCUUAGGUGUGGGGGGUUCUAGGGGCUUAUUACAGAAUUUGUAUGAGACCUUCAAAUAAAGAUAUUGCAAUUGGUAAG